AUGUCGCUGAUCCCAUACCACCCGCGCGAAGGUCGCGAAAUCGUCCUGCGGCACCGCAACGCUAUAGUAGUCCGUGACCCGUCUUCCCAGAGACUCGAGAUCCGCGGUCUGUCCGAAUGCCCGACAUGCCGCCAGCCCUUGCGAUCGUCCUCUCCCGAACGCCAAUUCGACAGCGCUCGCCAUCAUGAUUCCUUUGUCGACCCGAAUUACUUUCGCAUGCUCCGAGCCGGCGGCCACGACUCUCGCGCCGACCACCAUCCCCCGCCCAGCCCCAUUCGUCGCAUUGUGCAACCAAGCUUACCCCACCCGCAAGCUGCCGUAAUCGAGGAAGCCGAGGACGCCGAGUUCGUUUCGAGUACACCUUCGGUCCAGGAGGGCAGCCGCAUCCGCCGCGAGGCUUUCAGUCCUAAUUAUUUCAAAACAUUCUUCAUCGAGGAGAAGGAGCUUGGGCGUGGCGGCAAGGGUGUGGUGCUGCUUGUCCGCCACGAAAUUGAUGGUUGUCAACUUGUUCUCAUUGAAGUCGAGCUGCUCGCCAAGCUCUCUCACCCAAACUUGGUUUCUUACCGCCAUGUCUGGCUCGAGGACGUCAAGCUGACACGCUUCGGUCCCAGCGUGGCGUGCGCUUUCAUUCUUCAGCAAUACUGUAAUGGUGGCGACCUGCUCAACUACAUCAUUGGGGACCAACCCAAGGAAACGACCAAGGAACAGCUCAAAGCUCAGAUGCGACGGAAAUCAAAAGGACAGCUUGAACUGCCCCGCGACCAGUUUGCUUCGCAAAGAUUGCUGUCCUUUGAGGAGAUUUACUCGCUAUUCAAAGACAUCACCUCGGGAUUGGCAUACCUUCAUGCUGCCAAUUACAUUCAUCGGGACCUGAAGCCAAGUAACUGUCUCCUGCAUCGAGAGGGUAGCGGCAUAAUCUGCUUGAUCAGCGACUUUGGUGAGGUUCAAUCCGAGAACAUGGUCCGCAAGUCGACUGGAUCCACCGGGACCAUCUCGUAUUGCGCGCCAGAGGUGUUGAGGAGAGACUUGACGACCGGGCGUUACGGUAAUUUCACCACAAAGUCCGACAUCUUCUCUCUUGGCAUGAUUCUCUACUUUAUGUGUUUCGGUCGUUUGCCAUACCGCAGUGCCAACACCAUCAACGAAGAGCUCGAAGAUAUCGACGAGUUACGAGCGGAGAUUACAGAUUGGCAAGGCUUCCAAGACGAACGCAGAGAACGCCCAGAUCUUCCGUCAAAGUUAUACCAUCUUCUUAAGAAGCUUCUUGCUCUGGAUCCGUUGCAGCGGCCUAGCGCGAGUGAAGUUCUAUCAGCUAUGAAGACGGAGUCGACCAUGGAUGGCGUCCCUCGAGGUAGGAGUUCGAGUCCGUCCAUGGGAAUCAACGGACGCCGGAUACAGAGUCUGGACUCCCCAAUGCCGCCAAGCACCCCCGUGCCAGGUUGGUGGCUCAUAACCCUUUAG